CGUAUAAAGCGAAGAGAGAUUUGUCUCACUCUAGCUCAUGCGUGAGAGCGUUCAUUUGUUAACAUUCUCGUCCGCUCUGCUCACUCAGUAGGCGAUGGGUGAUGGGCCGGUGAGGGAAAAUUCGGGAAAGCUGCUCUGAAAUAUCCAUGCAGAUGGAUGCACCCAUGCCGAUAUGGUACACGGACAACGUAAAACAGUUUAUUGUUCGUUCGGGGGUCGUUCCGGUUGGACCUGUUUUACUUCGAUUCACGCAUCGAUUCACGCAUCGCACAAGAAAAGGACAAGAGGACCUCGUAAACGCGUGUGUAGUAAAGAUAAAGUGUUAAACUCUUGUGUAGUGUUAAACAAAAACUUACAGAGCAAAUAAUGAACUGCCGCACAGAUGGUGGACUACCGUAAAAAAUGGUGCUGCAGUCUAGUGAUGCAAUAUUGCAUUGAGGGAAAAAUAUUUCCCCAAAGAAAUUGGUAGAAUUUUGCACGGAAAAGUUGUGGAAAAGUGAUAAAUUAAAACAUACUUAGUGCAAGCAUACGGAUUAUGAUUCGUAGUGAUGUUCAGUGGAGAAAAAAACAAUGUGAAAAGUUUUCCAAUCCAAUACGUAAAAGGAUAAAUUAAAGUGAAAAAAUCAAUGCAAUGCAAAAAAAAAAUCAAUGCAAAAUGUCGCUAUUUUCUUAACAUAAACAAUAACUUUAACUACAUUUUUUCUACAUUUAAUAAUAUGUGAUAAUAAAUUGCUACCACUCAAAUAUUAAGUUCCAGCAACAAAAUACAUUAUUUCGAGGAUUUAAAACAAACCAAAUCGUAGCAUUCUCUGAAACGGACACUAACCCGCCGGUACAACAUGGAGCAGUUGGCUCAUUUCGUGACGAAAUCGUUCGACUUUAAUAACAGUCGCGUGCUGGAUCUGCUCAAUAUGACGGCCACAACCGGUCCUGUAUCACAUCCCGAUUAUGGUACGAGGAACGGUUCCGAUUCGGAUCUGCUUUCCAAUACGAGCAGCAGUCUCGGUGGCGAUCUUGAGGACGAAAUACAUUCUCACGCACUCGAAGUGUCGCAUCAUCGGCUCCACACGCUACAUCCGCUUCGUUCCAAUAUGCUUUCCACCGAUAAAAGCGAAAGGCAUGAAGAUCCAUCGAACGAGGACGAGGAAACGAUCGACAUCGAAAUUACGGAUCUUUCCUAUAGCAAUGCUAGCGGUGGCAGUAGUGUGGGUGUGUGUGAUAACGAUGAAUAUAAACCCAGUGAAAACGGUCGUCCAUCGCAAACCCUUCCGAUGUCCAGAUCCAUUUCCCUAGAGCCGACGGUUGUGAUUCCAGUGGGUUCCGGUGACGAAACACAGGCGGAGAAAAAUGGCGAUAAAACCACGAUAGAACGCUCACUCUUACUGAUAACCGGUAACAACAACGAGAAAGGUGUAACGAAUCGUAAUGAAAUUAGUGUUAUACGUAAAUUUGACAAUAAGAAGACACAAGAGAACGAUCGAUCUAGUGCGACGAUCAACGAUCUAUCUGCCGCCGGUGAAACGGAUGGUGAGCGUAGAGGACAGAAGAACGAGCCAGAUAAGGGUAGUACCGGUGGUGGUGACCGUGGAAAUGCACAUGGGAAAAGUAACAGCAAACGACAUGUUCCACGAAAUUGGCUUAUUGCCGAUCUGGUCGAUGAAAAGAAGGAAGAUAAAGCCAAAGAUGAUGUUGCCUUAAAUCUUGUGCGCUCGGAAAAUGACACAAGAGUGGCCAAAGUGGCCCAUGGAUAUGAUCCCGCCGGUAUGCAGGUGGUACGUCCCAAGCCUGCCUCCGAGCUGCUCAAACAAAGUGUUGACCUAAUCAACAAUCACCACUAUCCGGCGGGGUCAAUAAGCAACCCGGGCCAUCAUCCACCAACGUCUGUUAGUGCUACCGACGGCGAAUCUGAUACAGAAGCGCGACUUCCCCGAGAAUCGCUUACGCCCGACCAGGACGAUCCGGGUGCCGAUGGAGCACGAUCAGAGUCAGCACCACCAGCCGGUACCAACGGUGAGGAACGGCUGAAAUUACCAGCCGAAUCGACUCACGCCACCAAUGGACAUGGUCCACUAUCAGCACUGACAAACAACAAACAACGGCGGUCCAGAACAAACUUUACGCUCGAGCAGCUGAACGAGCUCGAGCGAUUGUUCGAGGAAACGCACUACCCGGAUGCAUUUAUGCGGGAGGAACUAAGCCAACGGUUGGGACUGAGCGAGGCAAGGGUGCAGGUUUGGUUCCAGAAUCGGCGAGCAAAGUGUCGAAAGCAUGAAAAUCAAAUGCACAAAGGUAUUAUCCUUUCGAGUCACAGCCCACCGGUCACAACUCCACUCGAACCGUGUCGUGUAGCACCGUACGUCAACGUUCCGUCCCUUCGUGCAGGAAACGGUGUUCCACCUGGUGGCGGUACGGGAGGAACUGGACUGCCUCCUUCUAGCACCGGAGCAACGGCAGCAGCAGUCAACCAUCACUUCCCCGUUGCUGCCUUUUCUGCCUUCGAUUCUGCAUUUAUUUCCGCCGCAGCACAACAGUACGCAGCUGCUCUAUCGUCCGGUUCCGUACCGGCGAGCCUUUUCUCAUUGUCUCAGUACAGACCGGGAGGGCUAGCGGCAGCAGCCGCCAUUGCCACACUACCCGGAUUUACCGUAGCUCAUGACAAAAACUCCAGCAUCGUCGACCUCCGGCUCAAGGCGGAAAAGCAUAAGGAAAAUCAGAAGAAAAUUGUAAACAAUGUGUCCUCGUAACUGGUUCCACUCAACAAGAAGCUCUUGGUUUGUCAUGCGUUAUCCUGAAGAAACAUGAAACAACAGCAAAAGGAUAGUUUCAAGAGCACUGCUAAAUCGAUAACGAGUACAGAAAUUCGAGCAAUCUCGAAAAAAUAGACCCAAAAAAGACCCGUGGAGUUUGAGACAGACUAACAUACUUUUUGUUUAUCCUGUGUAAUAUAAAUAUACACCGUUUCGGUAGUGCUAUCUUCUGUGUUGAUUACUGCAUUCAUUAUUCAGUUACAUCCUUUUCGAUUAAAGGCGAUGCAUUAUUUAAAUUUUGUCUUUGUCUUUUGUUGGUUUCUCGUUGUUAUUUGAAAGAAAACACUCUUCUGUAUGAUAUCAC